UUCGCUCAAACAGACGUUAACUUUGCCCCCACUUCGGUCUUUCCCAAUCAAAUUGUUGUCUGGCAAUAAUCAUGUUUUCAAGCUGAACUACUCUCCUUACAAGGUGAUCAGGUAUUCCUCGAAACUGAGAAUUAAAUGUUUCUUUAUGAGCCCUAAGCCCAAAGGUGAAUAUGGCAUUGGUGGAAAUCCAUGCCGACAGGGUAACGGUAUUAAAGCGGUUGCUAAUUAUAAUGAAGUGUUUUGGAGAUCAAUAAAAAAUAUCCGGAAGGCCUUACAAUUUCCCGUCGUAACGGGUGUUUUACUGGGUUUGUUAAUCUUGUACAAUCGUCAACAUGGCUGCGUUGCUUUGGCUGCUUCCGGUGGGCGAAUGGGUGGGAGCUCAUUUUCUUCUUCGUCCAGGCCGACCUCGUCGGAUUCUUCUUAUUGGUCGUCUUCUUCAUCUACACGGCCAUCUUCGCCGGAUUCUUCUUAUUCUUCUUCUACAUGGCCGUCAUCCUCAGAUUAUUCUAAUCGGUCUUCUUCUUUUACAAGGCCGAAGUCGUCAGAUUCUUCCUAUUCUUCGUCUACAAGGCCUUCGUCAGAUUAUUCUUAUUCGUCUAAAAGGCGGAAAACGUCAGAUACUUAUUAUUCGUCUUCGACGUCUUUUGAAGGUGGUUGUAGUAGGCCAGAGGUUGGAGCUGAUGAUACUCCAAUAUUCUUGUUCUUUUUGAUAAUGAUUUUGCUUGUAUAUUCGGCGAUGGCGACUCAAACGGAUGGAAGAUCCUCAAGGUCACCUACUCCGCCUGCCGAGAAAACAAGUGUUCUCAAGCUGCAGGUUGGAUUAUUGGGAACGGCUAAAUCACUGCAAAGGGAUCUCAAUCGGAUUGCCGAGACCGCUGAUACAUCCAGCCCUUGGGGCUUGAGCUAUAUAUUACAAGAGACAACACUAGCUCUACUUCGACAUCCUGAUUAUUGCAUCUCUGGUUAUUCAUUUGUGGAUGAAAAGUGGAGCAUAGAGGAAGUUGAGAAAAUAUUUAAUCAAUUUUCUAUUGAAGAAAGGGGUAAAUUUAAUGAAGAGACUCUAGUCAAUGUGAACAACAUCAGAAAGCAAAGUGCAAGAAGCAAAAGAUCUAAUGGAUUCCGUAAUGAGUAUAUUGUGAUUACAAUCAUUGUGGCGGCCGGUGGCGAACAUAAACUGCCGCCUAUAAACAGUAGUGCACAAUUAAAAGAAGCAUUGCAAAAGCUAGCUUCUAUCCCUUCAAGCAGAAUUAUGGCAGUGGAGGUGUUAUGGACCCCACAAAUGGAAAAUGAUACUCUUACACAACAAGAAUAUAUUGAAGAUUAUUGGAUGUUGCAUCCUCUUUAGGUAAUAAGCUGUUAUGAUGUUUUCAACAAUUUUUGCAUGUUAUUUAUAGGCGAUGAUAUAUGAUAACUGUAUACGCGAAUGUGUGAUUCCAAUUGUAUCAGUUUGAAAUGAUUUUUAACAAUUUUUGCAGUGAUAUGGUAUAUUUUAUAUAGCAACAAGAAAAAGAUAUAAGCGUUUGUGGCUACCUGCUUAUAGAGCUUUCUUGUUUGGGACUUGAAGUUUAUUUGUGUAUUUUCAAUAUCAGAAUAAGAUUAUAAUCAGAUAACCAA